CCAGAGUUGCCACGUAGUUAGUGAACAAAAAACACGAUUUUUCAUCGGGCAUUGUAAAACAUAUAUCAAGCCAUUUAACUUAAUUGUCUGAGGCUAAAACAGGACAUUUGCACAUAGUGAAAAUUGUAAUGGACUGUAACUGAAUACUGCCGGUUAACAAUAUGAAUGCCAACUAUAUAUCUCGUGCACUGAGCUACCAUGGCCAGCCAUUACAGAAGAUCUGGGACGAUGAGCGCGGCGUCGAGGAUCUACGCCGGCUAAAUCUUACGCAGCCCAACUACAGCAUUUACCAGGAACGACAGAAGUAUUUCACAUUUCAGGAGCGGGCCAAACGUUUGAAAAUCCAUCAGUUUUUGGCAAGAAAGGCAGCGGAUCUGUAUGACCGGCAGCUGGUAGGCAAUGUAAUGGAGGACUCGUGGUUAGCUCAAAUGAGCAACUGCUAUGCCCCACAGCCCCCGAUCGAGUUCUAUUUGAACCCAAAGGACAAGCGAAAGGCAUGGGCGUAUCGGAUGAGUGCCCUGAAACAGGGAGACAUUGUGUUUGCUUCGGUUCAAAAGGUUGUACCGAACACGAAUCGAAUUAUAGUCAAACCGUUGUGCACAGCAGAGCCAAUGCACUUCUACCUAGCUGAUAUACCCAUCAAGGCGAUCAUCAUGCAAGACCAUUGGGGUCCUUUGCCACUGGACAAACAGGGGAAUCCACAACCAUUUUCUAUCAACGAUUUCCUACGCUGCGAAGUUUGCAGCGUGUCGGCGGACGUGGAACGCUUGACUCUAGGCAUGCUGGGCGUCUACAAUAAGACGUCAUCUGAUCUCAAGCUGGGCCUAUGUGAUCUGACAGAUUUGCCCAAAUACUAUCGUCAAAUACGUAAUCUGGAGCCAGGCAGUGCACCGCACUACGAAGAUCAGUUGAAUGCAGCGCUGGAAUUUGAGAAUCCCAACUGUGAUGUGCUCUUCCAAUUGAAUGGACUGCAGCCCAAUGAGAAUCUUACGUUAAUGAGCCACAUUAAGCAUGGCUUUCCCGAGUCGGAUUAUGCGCCGGAACUGCGGCAAAAGCAGGCUUCCCAAUGGGCAUUCCGCUCCGUGGCUGAUGGCAUUGAGCACUUUAAGAACGGCCAACAAGUCGAGGCCUUUCAGUGCCUCAACAAGGCCCUGAACAUUGAUCCGCGUAAUGUCGAAGGCUUAGUGGCGCGCGGUGCAUUGUACGCGAAUCGUGGCAGCUUCUUGAAGGGUCUGAAAGACUUUGAAAAGGCGCUAAUUUUGAAUAAGUACCAUGUGAAUGCGCGUAAAUAUAUGGGCGAAACCCUGGUGGCACUCGGACGCAGCUAUGAGGAGGAGAACCGCAUACCGGAUGCCAUCAAGGCUUACAGCGAUUGUCUGAAUCUAUUGCCCCAACAUGAGCAGGCGCGCAUAUCCCUUGAUGCACUGCAGCAGCACCGAGCCUCUGCAAUUGGCGGCACCAGCGCCAGCUCUAAUCCCCUGGCCGUGCAACGCAGCACCGAAUUGCUCAAUUUGCCCAACGCAGCGGGCGGAACUGUGAACCUUGCCUCCUCGGACGAGUCCAGUUCCUCUAGUGCCAGUGACAACGACAACGACAGUGAAGAGCAGCCUGUCAAAUCGCGUUCCCAUCUGCCUGUAGAGCAGGACAAGAAUGCCAUUACCGAUUCUCUGUCGGCCAACGAAUUCAAGCUGGACGACGACGACACUGUGACCAGUGUGCGUCGGCUGUUGCGCGAGGCCAGCAAGCACAAGAAAUCCAAAAAGAAGGGCAAAAAGAAGAAGGACAAAGACAAGGAACGCAAGGAGAACAAGAAAUCUAAGUCAAAGUCAGCGGAUGAAGUUGAGCCACUCACAAGCACAGAGGCCGCACUCGAAAUGCUCAAGAAAAUUGAUCAUGCGGCGGCGUUCAGCCGGAAUAAGUAUGCUAAGAUCAUGAGCACCAGCAGCAGCGAAGCCCAGCGGAAGGCACAGUUGCAAAUGUAUUUCAAGCAAAUGCAACGCCCAGAAACGCCCCCACCUCCGCCUACGGCUACACCAACCACAUUGCGUAACCAACCAUCGUCAUCAGCGGGAGGAGGAGGAUAUAGCCUGAUGAUGGGACCAAGCACUUCUAAAUAUGCGGCCACUGCAGCUGCCAACUUGGACGAUGAUCACCCGCCGCCAGCGCCCAAAUACCAUAUGCAGCAACAGCAACAACAACAACAGCAAAAGCUCUCUUUUCAAAUUAAGAAGCGUCCGCUGCAGAUGGACAAAUUCGGCUUGCUGCGUCUGGCCACGCCGCUGAGCUCGCACUCACAGAGUCGCAGUCGUAGUCGUAGUCGUUCUCCCAGACGACGCACAAGAAGCCGCUCUCGUGACCGACGCUCAUCGCGUCGGCGCGGCGGCAGCUCUCGUUCUCGCAGUCGUAGCAGGAGCCGCAACACUCGAAGCCGCUCGCGCUACUCGAGAUCGAGAAGACGACGCACUCGUAGCCGUAGUCGCAGUCGGAGUCGCAGCUAUUCGCCCGUUCGUUAUGGCGGCGGAGGACAGCGCUACAGAGGACGUGGAUUCAAGCAACGCUUUGGAAAUCGUCGCUCUCGCUCACGUUCCUAUGGUCGUGCACGACGCACGCCAUCUCCGUUCGUGCCGCGUCGUACACCGUCGCCGUUUGUGCAGCGUCGAACGCCUUCGCCCUUUGUGCCACGCCGCACACCAUCGCCAACCUCACGCUACCGACGCACUCGCUCUCGAUCACGCAGCUACAGUCCACGACGCCAUCAUGGGCCCAUGCGUUAUACACCGCGCGGUCGGGGGCGUGGCCGUGGACGCUUUCAGAAUCGCUGGCACUUCGACAAGCGGAACAAUGGUCGGCGGUUUAGUCCUUCACGGAGCGUAAGUCCACCCGGAGACGGGCCCACCAUCGAGGAGGUGGACGAAAUGAUCAAGGAAGCACAAAAGGAGCGCAAACAAGGCAUUAUUGAGAGCGACAAGGAUAUACUAAAAAAGAAGGCCACAAACACAGGCAGUGACAAGGCCUAAAUAUUCAACUACAGUCGCACAUCCAGUGUUAAGUUCUAUUAUGUAUGCUCAAUAGUCACUCCAAAUGUAAUUGAUAUCCGUUAAAUCAACUAAAAUAAUACCAUGGACACCAAAAUAAAGAUGCUUGCAAAGCAAAUUUGUUGCAUGGUAUGCAUGCGUUACAAAUACAA